CGAUAAGACACAGGUGAGCUCCUUUCUCUCCUAUCUUAUCUUGGAAGCUUCACAGUGUCUUGGGUGGAAGAAGCACCAGUCAAACGCCAACCAUGAGGCUGCUCCAUUACCUGCUCUUUUUCAUUUUCUUCUUGUUCUUGCUGCCUAUUCCAGGUGAAAGUGGGUUGCUGUCACGAAUAGAAAGGAUGAUUUGUAAAGUGAGGCAGGGCAAAUGUAGAGUGAUUGGAUGUACCAGCAAAGAAGAAAAGAUUGGGACCUGUUCCUUGGGCCGCCGAAAAUGCUGCCGCAAGAAGAAAUGAGAAACCAGACAGAGCUUCAAGGUUCAGGAUUCUUCAACAAAAAAAGUGGUCAACAAAGACAUCCCAGAAAAGAGAAAAAUACUUAUUUCUACAAAAAUACUUAUAGCAGCUCUUUUUGUGGUGGCUAAGAAUUAGAAAUCAAAGGAAUGCCCAUCAAU